AUGGUUGGUGUUUCCCACGCUCUGCUGGCCCUGGCUGCUCUACGCCAGGCCAGUGCUGCUGCUACUUCGCACCGUCAGACAUGCAACAAAGUCCAGUAUGACUUCCCUGCGGGCACGAACAGGCACGAUCCCCGCGCCGAGGCUGUCAAGGAGGCGUAUGCGCGCGAGUGGAAUGAAUACUAUAAAUACGCAUACCCCAAGGACGACCUUCUGCCCAUCACGCACAAUGGCACCGCCGACCUGUUCGGCUGGGGCGCGUCCGUUGUCGACGGCAUUGACACGGCUAUUGUCAUGGGCCUGACGGAUAUCGUCGAGCAGCAGCUGAAGCACAUUGCAUCCGUUGACUUCACCAAGUCGGCUUAUAUCGUCGACUUCUUCGAUGUAAACAUCCGGUACCUUGGCGGACUGCUGAGUGCUUAUGAUCUGCUCAAGAGCGGCAUGUUCCCCAACCACUAUGACCCCAAGCUUGUCGACGCCCUGCUGUCCCAAGCCAAGUCGCUUGCGACGGCCAUCAGCCCGGUGUUCAACACCAUUACCGGUCUGCCUGCUUCUUCACGCAACUUCACGUCCGGUCAGGUCAUCCAGAGCACGACCACAAUCAAUGGAAAGACGUACAACAGCACCAACACCGCGCAGGCGGGCACCCUGAUCCUGGAGUACUACCGUCUUUCGGAUCUGACGGGCGACGAGUCGUUCCGAAAGAAUGCUCAAAGAGCUGAGGAGUUCCUGAUCAAGCCUAACCCGGCACCUACGUACCCCGGUCUCGUGGGCACAGAGCUCGACACGGACACGGGCAACUUCAUCACCUUCGACGCGGGCUGGGAGGCCGGUGUUGACAGUUUCCUCGAGUACCUGAUCAAAACCUACGUGUACCAACCGGAGGACAGCCUCGCUUCGCAGAUGAAGGACUUCUGGGUGACGGCCGCCGAUUCCAGCAUCAAGUACAUCGCGCUGCACCCAUACGAGCACCCCGAGCUCACCUUCCUGUCCCAAUCGGACUCAAACGGUAACCUCAUGUGGACGAUGGAUGACUACGCCUGCUUCGCGGGCGGCAACCUCCUCCUCGGAGGCAAGUACCUGGACCGGCCUGACUUCUCGGAGCUGGGCGUGAAGGUCGCCGACAGCUGCCACCGGUGGUACAACUCGACCAUCACCGGCCUGGGAGGCAGCGCAAUCUCCUGGUACAACGCUAGCAAUGAGGCUUACGACUCCUCCGCCGACAACAACGCGCAAGAUCGCGCCGCCGCCUCCAAGUACGGCUUCUGGUUCACAGACCCCUCGUACCGCUCGUACCCGGAGCCCCUCGAGAGUAUCUUCUACGCCUACCGCACGACGGGCGACACCCGCUUCCAGGACUACAACUGGGAGAUCUUCCAGGCGCUGAACACGUCUCGCUCUGCGGCCGUGCCGUAUGCGGAGAUCACCAAUGUGACUGCGCCGUAUGGUCUGCCGCUGGUCAACUAUGUUUCGAGCUUCUACUUCGCCGAGGUCCUCAAGUACCUCUACCUGUCCUUCGCCGAGCCGGAUGUCGUCAGCCUGGACCAGUGGGUGUUCAACACUGAGUGCCACCCCAUGAGGAUCCAGAGCAAGUGUGCCUAUGCUCACGGUGGUCACUAA